CAUGCACGAGUGUAUCUCCAUCCAUGUCGGCCAGGCUGGAGUGCAGAUGGGCAAUGCCUGCUGGGAAUUAUAUUGCUUAGAGCAUGGUAUCCAGCCCAAUGGUACCAUGUCCAGUGAUAGGACUUUGGGGGUUGGUGAUGACUCCUUCAAUACCUUCUUCAGUGAGACUGGAGCUGGCAAGCAUGUCCCCAGAGCAGUCUUUGUAGACUUGGAGCCUUCGGUAAUAGAUGAGGUUCGGACUGGCAUGUAUAGACAGCUAUUCCAUCCUGAGCAGCUGAUCUCUGGCAAAGAGGAUGCUGCUAAUAACUAUGCCCAGGGCCAUUACACUGUUGGGAAGGAAAUAAUUGAUCUUGUAUUGGAGCACGUUCAAAAACUGUCAGACCAAUGCACAGGGCUACAGGGAUUCCUGGUAUUUCACAGCUUUGGAGGCGGCACAGGUUCAGGUUUCACCUCUCUGCUGAUGGAGAGGCUCUCUGUUGACUAUGGCAAGAAGUCCAAGCUGGAGUUUGCCAUCUACCCAGCCCCACAGGUAUCCACAGCUGUAGUGGAGCCCUAUAACUCCGUCCUUACCACUCACACCACACUGGAGCACUCAGACUGUGCCUUCAUGGUGGACAAUGAAGCAAUCUACGACAUCUGCCGCCAGAACCUGGACAUUGAGCGCCCUACAUACACCAACCUCAACCGGCUCAUUGGCCAGAUUGUGUCCUCCAUCACUGCUUCCCUGCACUUUGAUGGCGCUCUCAAUGUAGACCUUACAGAGUUCCAGACCAACCUGGUGCCCUAUCCUCGAAUCCACUUCCCCCUCAUCACCUACUCGCCCAUUGUCUCUGCUGAAAAGGCCUAUCACGAACAGCUCUCUGUAGCAGAGAUCUCCAAUGCCUGCUUUGAGUCCUCCAACCAGAUGGUAAAGUGUGACCCACGUGAUGGCAAGUACAUGGCCUGUUGCAUGCUGUACCGAGGUGAUGUGGUACCCAAGGAUGUAAAUGCCACCAUCGCCACAAUCAAGAUUAAGAGAACCAUUCAAUUCGUAGACUGGUGUCCCACUGGCUUCAAGGUUGGUAUCAAUUACCAGCCCCCAACUGUGGUACCUGGUGGAGACCUGGCAAAAGUACAGCGGGCACUAUGCAUGCUGAGUAACACAACAGCCAUUGCCAAAGCAUGGGCCCGUCUAGAUCACAAGUUUGACCUUAUGUAUGCCAAGCAGGCAUUUGUGCACUGGUAUGUGGGUGAAGGCAUGGAGGAAGGAGAGUUCUAG